CGCCAAGCGAUCUGGAAAAGGAUUGGCACGUGGUAUCUUCUAUUUCCCUUAUUUCCAUCGCGGUUGCAUGACGUGAGGCCGAUUAUUUGCUAGUUGUUCGUGGGGUGCUGCUCAAGAGUUUUGCUUUGCAGAAGUAUAAUCCCCUGCUUGCAUAGGCUGCAGCACACCAUCCCCAGGCUAUGGGGUAGUUUAUGUUGUCGUGGCCAAUGACGAUACAACCAACAUCGCAACCUCUACUUGAGAGAAAGCCGGUUUAAUCCGUUGACCUGCGCUCUCGACUCCCCGCAACUGUGCCAACCAGGAGUUUUGCAACCACCAUCGAGACAUACUGACCAUACAGCCAUGGGUUCACACGAGAUCCCCAAGCCCGGCACUGAUCCGGACAGGCCCGUCCAUAUCGUCUUUGUCGGCGCCGGCGCCGUGGGGUGCUUCUACGCCUCAAGACUACAUCAUCCAAACAACAACAUCCACGUCUCACUCAUCGCCCGCUCCAAUUACCAGGCUCUCGCCGAAUCCGGUGUCAAGCUCCAAACUCACAGCUUUGGUGACUACACCUUCCGCCCUCACGCCGUCUUUCCCUCCGUAGCCGCCGCAGCCGCCAACCCGGGACCCUCCAACCCGGGCCCGCGAGACUGGGACUUUAUCGUGGUCACGACCAAGGCGCUGCCGGACCUCUCGGACGACAGCGCGCUCAUCGCGCCGCUGGUCGGGCCCAGGUCGGCCAUCGUCCUCAUCCAGAACGGCGUCGGCGUCGAGGAGCCCUAUCGCGCCCGCUUCCCCACCACGCCCAUCGUCAGCGCCGUCACCGUCAUUUCGGCCGAGCAAACGGCCCCGGGCACCAUCCGCCAGAACCGAUGGACCCGCAUCCACCUGGGCCCCUACUCAAACUCGGCCUCAUCCACCUCGGACAGUUCCCCAGGCGACGGCACCACGGGGGCGCUGACCCCCACCGGAGGAGCACCAUCACCAGCGACAACCGCAGCGGUCCCCGGUAACGGCAACAGCACCAGCGACGACAUGGAGGCACUGCAACGGUCGGGCGGAGAACGCGCUGCGCAGCUCGCCGACUGGUGGUCGCGGCUGGGGGGCAUCCGGGACGUGGAGGUGGUGGAUGAGGUGGGGCUGCAGACGGUGCGGUGGCACAAGCUGUGCAUCAACGCGGCGUUUAACCCGUCGGCGGUGCUGAGCGGGGGGCGCGGCAACGCGUCCAUGGUGGGCGAUCCGGAGCUGCGCGCCCACCUGGCGGGAGUGAUGCGCGAGAUCUGGGAGGCAGCCCCCCGCGUCCUGGGCCGCGGGUUCCCCCCGUCUCUGGCAGGGCCCGAGAGGAUCCUCCGCAGCACCGAGCGCAACGUCGGCAGUAAGCCCAGUAUGCUGCUUGACUGGGAAGCGGGCCGGCCUAUGGAGAUCGAGGUUAUCUUGGGCAACCCGGUCAGGAUUGCGAGGCGGGGGGGCGUGGAGUUGCCGAGGAUGCAGACCCUUUAUGCGUUGCUUAGGAGUGCCCAGCGGGUGAGGGAUGGUAAAGUUGGAGAGAAGGGGAAGUUAUAGGCUUAUUGGCACGUUGCUUAAUAGGGCUCCAAGGGGAAGAGGGCUUCGCUCAGUGCUUAAGAAAGGGGAGGGAUGUGAUCUAUUAUGCCUACAUACUGUACGGAAGAGCACCAAAUCAGGAACUGACUCGACUGCCUCCUGGCCCAAACUGACCAUGGACUCAUGAAGGACUGACAAACCUUACCUGUACAACCUGCCUCGCGGCAUCAGGACAGCUUCCAGUGAUCCGCAGAGCA